AUGAAAGAGUCCACAAGUCAUGAUGAAGAGGAGCACCGAAUGAAUCCUGAUCCCAGCCCUGGGAUGCAGGAACCUAGGAAUAAGGACGAGGCUGGGGCUGAUCCUAGGGAUUGGGAGCAUCUCAGCUCUGGAUCCACCUGUGUGCAGAUGGUGUUCACACCUGGGAGUAGGACUAAGGAAGUAUCCAGAAGUUUGCCAUAUCACACCAAAAUGGUCCUUCUUCUGUGGCUUGUACCAGUCUCAGCCUCACUCCAGGAUCAGUACUGUGAGAGCCUAUCCUUAGUCAACAACAUCACUGGGCUCCAGUGCAAUGCCUCCAUUGACCUCAUUGGAACCUGCUGGCCUAGGAGUGCAGCUGGUCAGCUGGUGGUUCGGCCCUGUCCUGCCUACUUCUAUGGAGUCCGCUAUAACACUACAAACAACGGCUACCGGGAGUGCCUCGCCAACGGGAGCUGGGCGGUACGAGUCAACUAUUCCCAGUGCCAAGAAAUCCUCAAUGAGGAGAGAAAAAGUAAGCUGCACUACCAUAUUGCUGUCAUUAUCAACUACUUGGGCCACUGUAUCUCCCUCGGAGCCCUCCUCAUGGCCUUUGUCCUCUUCAUGCACCUAAGGAGCAUCCGGUGCCUUCGGAAUAUCAUUCACUGGAACCUCAUCUCUGCUUUCAUCCUACGCAAUGCUACCUGGUUUGUGGUACAGCUCACCAUGAGCCCUGAAGUACACCAGAGUAAUGUGGGCUGGUGCCGGCUCGUGACAGCUGCUUACAACUAUUUUCAUGUUACCAACUUCUUCUGGAUGUUUGGAGAAGGCUGUUACCUACACACAGCCAUUGUGCUCACCUACUCUACUGACAAGCUUCGAAAGUGGAUGUUUAUUUGUAUUGGCUGGUGUGUGCCUUUCCCUAUCAUUGUGGCCUGGGCCAUCGGGAAACUGUACUAUGAUAAUGAGAAGUGCUGGUUUGGAAAGAGGGCCGGAGUGUACACUGACUACAUCUACCAGGGCCCCAUGAUUUUGGUCCUGCUGAUCAACUUUAUCUUCCUCUUCAAUAUUGUCCGUAUCCUCAUGACUAAACUCCGGGCUUCAACCACUUCAGAGACCAUUCAGUACAGGAAAGCUGUGAAAGCCACCCUCGUACUGUUACCUCUUCUGGGUAUCACAUACAUGUUGUUCUUUGUGAACCCUGGGGAGGAUGAGGUCUCUCGAGUUGUCUUCAUUUACUUCAACUCCUUCCUGGAGUCCUUCCAGGGUUUCUUUGUAUCUGUCUUCUACUGUUUCCUCAACAGUGAGGUUCGCUCAGCUGUGCGGAAAAGGUGGCAUCGGUGGCAAGAUAAACAUUCAAUCCGUGCUCGAGUGGCACGAGCCAUGUCCAUCCCUACCUCCCCUACCCGAGUCAGUUUCCAUAGCAUCAAGCAGUCAACAGCUGUCUGA